GGACUGAGUCUGUCGGUUGGCCCAGUUUGCUUGCUACCAUGGAGCGUGAUGUGGCUGAACCCAAACGAAGACCUGAGGGCUGCUAGAGAACCAGCUGAAGAGAAGGACAUGGACCUCUUGCAACCUGCUUUGUGUUUGCCUCUGCCGUUGUCCUGGUGUGUGUGGAGAAGAAACCAAAGAGAAAGAGCAGCAGCAAGGUCUAUGGAGCAGAAGGCAGCAAUGAUUCAUCUCAUACGUCAGUCAAUUGGAGAACUUCGAGACACAGCGACAACAAGCGGCAGCAACUCCCCACUCCCCCUCCCCUCUCCUCUCCACAACCCCUCUCCACUGGCACACCCUCACAACUUACACCUCAGUUCCUACUCUCCCUCUCUCAGACACCCUCUCCUCCCUCCCUCACACUCUUCACCACGUCACACUCGUCCCAGGUCUAACUCCCAGCCACACCUCCAAAACCUCACCCCCUCUCCACACCCCUCACCAUUGGCACACUCUCACCAUCUCCCCUCCCUCACUGAUCUCAGCAAACACUAAAAACUAAUUAGUAUCGCUGCAUUGUUAAAGCACAGCUGUAACAAUAAAUCCACAAUCUAUAGCACACAGUGUAAUGAAUAUAACUACACUGUCAUAAUAAUGUGUCCAGGUCUGUGUACAGUAGAUAAUUUGUCCGAGGCCACUCUUAGGUAUAGUUAUGCAACAGAGUAACCGACUACUUCACAUAGAGUUCCAUGAACUCAACUGGAGAAUCAUCAGCAGUGUCCAAUCGACACAGUCUGGCCUCUAUAGGGUCAGAGGUGGGGCUGGGGAGUGUCUUAGUGAAGUAUGGGGGAUUGUUGAAUGAGCAACAGCUACUGCUGCUACCACAGCCAUC